UUGGCGAACGAAGAGGUCCCAUUUCCGCGGACGCGUUUCACUAAUAAAUCACGUGUCUGUUUGUUAAAUGUCAUGAAGGAAGAAACUUUCGAGGUGGUCGAAAAAAAUCAACCCGAAAUUUUCAUCAUUACACAAAAUACCGGAUUUAAUCUAUUCCGAUUUUUUUUUCUUUCUUUCUUUCUUUUUUUUUUCCUCAAAUGAGCUUUCACUUGAACUUGAAAUUUAAUUGAUCGAACGGAAGUUGAUAGAGUACACAAGUUAUGAAAGAUUUUGUAAUCGUCGAGACUUUCAAUAGCACGUCAAAAUCAUUGCGGUCAUAUAAUUUCGGGAUAACUGGAGAGGAGAAUUUCCUAACUGCUGCUAAAAAUUGAUAGAAUCUCACGAAUGAAAUACAGGCAUGUCAGCAAACCGCCGAUGAUACAACUGUGCGUGUAAGCAACGCUGUCGAAGGGCGCUAAACGCGCAGUGAACUUGAGCAGCUCCAAAAAAUUUGGGUGAUUUAUCGAAAGUCGAAAAAAUGCAGCUUUUAUCGAGCUUCAUGGCAAGGCACAUUAAACGUGGUCCGUCAUUGAAAAAAGGAAAACGCGAAGGCAACGGUGGGAACAGUUCCGCAGGUUCUUAUUCGUCGGCUCCUUUGGGGGGGCCUUUGCGACCCCUCAACGAUUCUAACGUCUACGGUGGCGCAUCCGGUUGUGCAAACAUGAUAUCAGACGAUCCAGCCACCGACGAAGAUUUCUCAUUCGCGGUUAACCAAAAAAAUCAGAGAGACGCGGAAGCUUUUCGGGGCACACUUUAUCUCGGUGUGACAGUGACAAUAGCCUGGAUCGUCGGUGCUGCAGGAUUAUCGUUCGCGUGGCUACUUUUGGUACUCGGUAUUGCCGCUACAAUAGUAAAAGCAAGAUUUGCAAGGCUGCUGCAGGCAUCGGUUCAACAUGAAUUGGCGAGAUUACGAAGGAGGAGAGCCCUCUACAUGGACGAGACGGCCGAAUGGCUCAGCCUAUUGGUCAACAGAUGGUGGAGGUUUAGUGCCGCCGGUAUAUUUUCUCUCGCAAAGGAACGACUCGAGCCGAUUCUGAAUGAGGCUAAGCCUGGAAUAUUAGGUCCUUUGGAACUGCGAGAAUUGACGCUCGGUGAACAAACUCCUUGCAUCACCCGAGUAAGGACUCUCGAUUAUUGCAGCGAUGAAGACGCCCACCCAACUCGACCUGGAAUUUCUCGACUCUCAAUCGAGGCCGACCUACGACUCGAUUGCGAACAAUUUCGAAUGCUCAUCACCACGAGAUUAUUCGGCAAAGGGGUUGGCAUGGACGUAGACCUAGCCGUGGAGAAGCUCUCGGUGUCAGGAACGAUACUCGGCACCCUGACGAUGGACUCUUCCGCCCCCUUUCCUCACAUGACGCAUCUCAGCAUCAGCUUUGUCGAGAAACCGGAUGUUUGGUUCAGCGUUAAGGUUCUUCGUGCUGUCCAAAUGAUGGAAGUUCCACUAGUCAAGACUUGGAUACACGCCGUCGUGUCCGACGCUCUUGCCAGUUGGCUCGUCGACCCUGGCCACCUGGAACUCGAUCUCCGAGCUCAGGAACGCCCGGGACCGAGUCUGGACUCCAUGGGAGCUUCGGUAGCACCUCAGGGCGUUCUGACCAUGACACUCAGCCAGAACGGCACGAGUGUUCCUGCUAUUUCCGGCGAAGAGGAGCGAUGGCUUGUGGUGACGAUCGGAGAUCAAAAACGGGUCACGGCUCCUCUGAGUCAAUCGUUGAUGGAGGAUGUUUCAUUCCUCGUCGGACCUCUCGAGCACGAACGAGUCGUUAUAAAGCUCAAAGAAAAGCGUCUCGUUAGUACAAUUACAGUUGCGCAGUUCGAGCUCGUGUUGGGCGCUUACAACUGGGAAAAUUCACAAACUGUUGAGGCGGUGCUACAGCAGAAAAAACCUUCCCGGAGCAGCGCAAAUAUUCCGAACAUAAAUGCCAAAUUGGAAUUCACUGCACUGCCUGCGAUCGAGCCCGAUUUACCUCAGCCGGAAGUCACGGAAGACUUGCUCCAACCUGCGGUGAGCCGUAAGAAUUAUGCCCGAUGUCGAGCAGGUGUUCUCGUAGUCUAUAUACACUCAGCGAGGGAUCUCAACAGCGAAUCAUCCCAGUGCAAUCCGUACUGCUUAUUGUUCAAUAACCGUAAAAAGGUGAAAACGACCCAUUACGUCCGGGGCACAACGUCACCCCGGUGGGAAUCGAGAGCCCAAUUUCUAGUGCAGGAUUAUACUCAAGUUAAUUUAAGUUUCGUUAUCUAUUCAUGGAACGUUUCGAAAAUGGCUGACACAGAUAUGUUGGGUCUCGGAAUGAUGUCACUAUCGCAGGACACACGAUGGGUAGUGAGGAAAGACUUGGCCCUCAGUGGAUCGAACGGCGGAUCCACUAUGACCGUAUCGGUGUUAUUUUAUCCAGUUCGGAGUGUGCAGCAAGUAAUACCGAGUCGUCGAAGCAGCAUCGCUCCAAUGACCGAUGCUGAUGAACCGAAAGGAAAAAGAAACAGUCUUCCUUGGAUGCAGCAAGCGAAAUUACUUUUGACGCAUCGCGACAACGAUCCGGCGUCCUCGGACAUCUCGAGUCUCCUGUCGACCGGAAGUGGAUUGAUGGAAGUAACGCUGCUGAGAGCCAAAGAUCUCGUUGCAAAAGAUCUCAAUGGAUUCAGCGACCCUUUUUGCGAGCUGAAGCUGAAUAAUGAAACAAAGUACAAGAGUAGCAUAAAGAAAAAAACGCUGAACCCUUGCUGGGACGAGAGUUCGAUAAUGGGGUUGCCAAGGGCCGGAGAAACGUUGGACGUCGUGCUGUGGGACCAUGACACUUUCGGGAUGAAAGAUUAUCUUGGAAAAGUGUCCUUGAAUUUGGAGGAUAUUAGAAAAGUUUCGUGCGCCGAUCAGUCUCAUUGGUUCACGUUGAGGGGAACCAAAUCGGGAUCUGUCGAGCUUAAAGUCAAAAUACUUUCUGAAGAAUGUGAGACUCAAAGCACGUACGCCGCAAGCAACGUGAGUGAAACAUCUUCACGCCCAGUUGUUGAGCCCGAAAUAACUGCAGGUGUGAUCCGAAGACCAUCGAUGGAAAAAUCGAAAAUGAGACUGCAUCUCGAGCCUGUUGUUCCUCCACCUCCACCACCGCGAACUGUAACAUUACUCAAACCAACGACGAUCAACAGUACUGUUUCCGACAAAAUAAGCACAACGAGCAAAGAAUCUAACGAGACGAACGGCAAUACGAACAACUGGAUAGCGCGAGAAAUAACGGAAUCGAUCGUCGAUCCUUCGGACGAGACGGACACGUGUAAGCUAACGGAACGAAGAUCCUCUCAUCACAGUUUAACUCCAAGUCCUGAUCAGAGCUUUGGCAAGAAAUUGCCACAAUAUAACAGUUUUCGUGUCAUGAAACAGAAGGUGAAAAGAGGAUUGAAACUUCGAAGAUUUCGUUCAGAAGUGAACAUCGAGGACAAAAGUGAUGCGACCAAGGCCGUUACGUUGAGUUUAGAGCCUCGAGGUGGUGGUGAAGCCGACGCUACGGAGCUUCUCCAAGGAGCUGGUCUCUCCCACGCCGUUUCACAGCCCGAUAUGCUCGGGAGGAUAAGACAACCGAGUCCACGUAUCAGGUUACGACCGAACGAAUUAUCGGUGAACGGGACUAGAGAAAAAUAUUCUGGAGUCGAAGGAAAAGUCCUUCAAGCUCAAGGACUUCACGUUGCUCACAUCGCUCAACUGUACUGCCGAGUUAAAAUUUUAACUUGCACUAGUCCUGACAAAAUAAUAUCUUCGGUAAACGGUGGCAAAACGAUAGCAAAAUCUCGUCUUUUACCAGCGAUGCCAAACCCCCAGUUCAGCAUAGAUUUUCAUCUCGAGAGCGACAGUGUGCCCAGACAAGCCUUGCUUAUGUUUGAGAUAAGAAGUGCGAGCAAAGAAUUACUAGCCAGUCGACGUAUAACUCUUCACGAGCUUUUGGGAGCAACGCCACCUUCGAACGACGUUCACACGUGGUUAGCUCUCAACAACGGGGCUUCACUCGAGAUUCAAAUAGCUCAUGGGAAAGAACUCAAGAGCAAGUCAUCGAAAAAGUUAUUUAGAUCUUGGUCGGUUCACAGAAUUGGAAAAAUAUGAGAAAGAUUUUGUGUCAGGAAGACCUGACCUCGAGUACAAUCAUCGGAUUAAUUAUAGAUUUCAAAUAUAAAGAAAACACAUUAUAACGUUUGUUUCUUGUCAUGCUGUAAUGCACUGCAGAAGCUGUAUUUAGUUUUUUUUUGGAGUACGAAUGAAAAAGAAAAUUUAAUGUUAUAUAACUCAAUGUAUAACUUCAUUGAAUAUUUUGUCGAAAAAAAAAUUUCACAUAAAGUAUGAUGACAUUUGAAAUCAAAUUUCAACUUCACUGCGACCAAAAUUCAAUCAAAAUCAAUGUAUUUUUUUAUAUUGUCAAAGAAACGUGGUAAUUUAAUAUGUUCAGCAAUUUUUGGUACAAAUGUUGAAUGGUAAACUUAAAUAGCUAUUCGCAAGAGCUUUCCCACCGCAAAGUGUACUCCAAAGUUUAAAUUUAUAUGGUACGAACGGUUGGAAAAAAAAAUCUCAAAAUAUUCUAAUGCUGUAUAUAUUUGUAGUAAAUUGUAUGAAUUUGUAUUAUAAAUUUCGUGGUCCCUGAUGCAUUUAAUACACCUCUUUGUCAAGUGGCAAAUUUAAUCCA